AUGCCAGAAUGCCUCACUGAUGCUACUGCAGGUCGCGCGCUGCUGGCUGGCCGGCGGCGCAGCAGCAGCAGCCAGACGACGCAGACAGCCUCCGUGUCUUCGCAGCCGCAGCGGGAAGCUUCUUGCUGCAGUCCGCAGCAGGGAGUUUUCUUUUCUGCUGCUGCUGACAAGCUAGCAGCAGCAAAAGAAUACUUAUCUGCUGCUGAGUGGCAGCAGCAGCGGGAAGCAAAGGCAGUGGUGAUUCAGAAGCACGCGCGGGCGUGGCUGGCGCGCCGCAGCACGAAGCAGAAGCGGCAGCAGCGGCAGCAGCAGCAGCAGCAGCAGCAGCAGCAGCAGCAGCGCAAACUCUGGGAAGCAAACAUCCGCAAAAAGAGGCAGCAGCAAAGACAGGGACACCCACUAACUGCAGCAGACUUUGCUGUUCUUUUUGCUGAAGUGGAGGCCUGGAGGCGAAUAGAAGCAGACAAGAUCCGGGCCAAGGCGCAGCAGCAGCAGCAGCAGCAGCAGCAGCAGCAGCAGCAGAAGGGCUCGGGGCGGGAGCAGCAGCGGGAGCAGCAGCAGCGGCGGCGGGAGCGGGAGCAGCGCGAGGCGCUGCUGCUGCUGCUGCAGCAGGAGACGCAGCUGCUGCAGCGGAUCGGGAGCCUGCAGCAGCAGGCGCGGCAGCAGCAGCAGCAGCAGCAGCGGGAGCUGCUGCUGCUCAAGAUGAGCGAGCCGCUGCUGUGGGUACAGUCCAAUGGGGAAACCGCAACUGUAUAUACACCUGAAACUAUGAAAGCUAAACAACUAGCAGAUCUUUACAGAAGUUUGUCGGGGGGCCCCCUGGAGGGGCCCCCGCGGCAGCAAGUGCUGGCUGCUGCUGCUGCUGCUGUGGGGCCCCACAGGGGGCCCCCCGCGGAGGAGCUGCUGGAGCUGCUGCAGCGCGAGCAGCAGCUGCUGCAGCGCGGCCGCAGCAACCGGCUGCUGCUCUCGGGGCUCCGCCAAAGAAUCAGUUCUUUGUUUUUGCUGCUGCUGCUGCAGCCAGCUUUCAACCCCCGAGCUGCUGCUGUUACUCGCUUUGCCUAUUUGAGUUAA